CGACGCUCCUGCUCGCGCCGGCGCUGCACUGGAGCUUGCCCGCCGCCGCCCGCUUUGUGCUUCCCCCCGAAGAUGGGAGCGACCUUUCCCAGCUCGGGAGCUAUUUAAAAGGAGGGAGUGCGCCGUCUUUCCUACUAACGUGGAGGAACUGGGGAAGGAUCCAGCCGCACUCUCCCUAAACCAGGUUGGGACAGUUGGAACUCUGCCAUUGUCCAACAUGCUGCGAUUCAGUCUCUCACCCACCUUUUCGAUGGGAUUUCAUGGGUUAGUCAUGGUGGCUCUCUUGUUUUCCCACGUGGAUCAUAUAAGCGCUGAGACAGAAAUGGAAGGAGAAGGCAAUGAAACCAGCGAGUGUACUGGCUCCUAUUACUGUAAGAAAGGGGUGAUUUUACCCAUUUGGGAGCCCCAAGACCCUUCCUUUGGGGACAAAAUUGCUAGGGCGACUGUGUAUUUUGUGGCCAUGGUCUACAUGUUUCUUGGAGUCUCUAUCAUUGCCGACCGAUUCAUGUCCUCUAUAGAAGUCAUCACGUCUCAAGAAAAAGAAAUCACCAUAAAGAAACCCAACGGAGAGACCACCAAGACAACUGUGAGGAUCUGGAAUGAGACGGUGUCCAACCUGACCUUGAUGGCCCUGGGAUCUUCAGCUCCAGAGAUUCUCCUUUCAGUAAUUGAGGUGUGUGGCCAUAACUUCACUGCAGGAGACCUCGGUCCUAGCACCAUUGUGGGGAGUGCCGCAUUCAAUAUGUUCAUCAUUAUUGCACUUUGUGUUUACGUCGUCCCAGAUGGGGAGACGAGGAAGAUUAAGCAUUUGCGUGUGUUCUUUGUGACAGCAGCCUGGAGCAUCUUUGCCUAUACCUGGCUUUACAUCAUUUUGUCUGUCAUCUCUCCUGGGGUCGUGGAGGUCUGGGAAGGUUUGCUUACUUUCUUCUUCUUUCCCAUCUGUGUUGUGUUCGCUUGGGUGGCAGAUAGGAGGCUUCUGUUUUACAAGUAUGUCUACAAGAGGUACCGGGCUGGCAAGCAGAGGGGAAUGAUUAUUGAACAUGAAGGAGACAGGCCAUCUUCCAAGACAGAAAUUGAGAUGGAUGGGAAAGUGGUCAAUUCCCACGUUGACAGUUUCUUAGAUGGUGCUCUAGUUCUGGAAGUUGAUGAGAGGGACCAAGAUGAUGAAGAAGCCAGGCGAGAAAUGGCUAGGAUUCUGAAGGAACUCAAGCAGAAGCAUCCGGAAAAGGAAAUAGAGCAAUUGAUAGAAUUAGCCAACUACCAAGUCUUAAGUCAGCAGCAAAAAAGUCGAGCAUUUUACCGAAUUCAGGCUACCCGUCUGAUGACCGGAGCGGGCAACAUUUUAAAGAGGCAUGCAGCUGACCAAGCCAGGAAGGCCGUCAGCAUGCACGAGGUCAACACGGAAGUGGCUGAAAAUGACCCUGUCAGUAAGAUCUUCUUUGAACAAGGAACAUAUCAGUGUCUGGAGAACUGCGGUACGGUAGCCCUGACCAUUAUCCGCAGAGGUGGUGAUUUGACCAACACUGUGUUUGUUGACUUCAGAACGGAGGAUGGCACAGCCAAUGCCGGGUCUGAUUACGAAUUUACCGAAGGAACUGUGGUCUUUAAGCCUGGUGAGACCCAGAAGGAAAUCAGAGUUGGCAUCAUCGAUGAUGACAUCUUUGAGGAAGAUGAGAAUUUCCUUGUGCAUCUCAGCAACGUCAAAGUAUCUUCUGAAGCCUCGGAAGAUGGCAUCCUGGAAGCCAAUCAUGUCUCUACACUCGCUUGCCUGGGAUCUCCCUCCACUGCCACCGUGACUAUUUUUGAUGAUGACCACGCAGGCAUCUUUACUUUUGAGGAACCUGUGACUCACGUGAGUGAGAGCAUUGGCAUCAUGGAGGUGAAAGUGUUGAGAACAUCUGGAGCACGCGGAAAUGUUAUCGUUCCCUAUAAAACCAUUGAAGGGACCGCCAGAGGCGGAGGUGAGGACUUUGAGGACACGUGUGGAGAGCUCGAGUUCCAGAACGAUGAAAUUGUGAAGAUCAUUACCAUUAGAAUAUUUGACCGUGAGGAAUAUGAGAAAGAGUGCAGUUUCUCCCUUGUGCUUGAGGAGCCAAAAUGGAUAAGAAGAGGAAUGAAAGGUGGCUUCACAAUAACAGAGGAAUGUGAUGACAAGCAGCCGCUGACCAGCAAAGAAGAGGAGGAGAGACGCAUUGCAGAAAUGGGGCGUCCCAUUCUGGGAGAGCACACCAGGCUGGAAGUGAUCAUUGAAGAAUCCUAUGAGUUCAAGAGUACCGUGGACAAACUUAUUAAGAAGACAAACCUAGCCCUCGUGGUUGGGACAAACAGCUGGAGAGAGCAGUUUAUUGAAGCGAUCACUGUCAGUGCUGGGGAAGAUGAUGAUGAUGAUGAAUGUGGGGACGAGAAGCUGCCCUCCUGCUUCGAUUACGUGAUGCACUUUCUGACUGUGUUCUGGAAGGUUCUCUUCGCCUUCGUCCCCCCUACAGAAUACUGGAACGGCUGGGCGUGUUUCAUCGUCUCCAUCCUCAUGAUUGGCCUACUGACGGCUUUCAUCGGAGACCUGGCUUCCCACUUUGGCUGCACCAUCGGCCUGAAGGAUUCCGUGACCGCGGUCGUGUUCGUCGCGCUUGGAACCUCAGUGCCAGACACAUUUGCAAGCAAAGUGGCCGCCACCCAGGACCAGUACGCAGAUGCAUCCAUAGGCAACGUCACAGGCAGCAACGCAGUGAAUGUCUUCCUGGGAAUUGGCGUGGCCUGGUCCAUCGCUGCCAUCUACCAUGCAGCCAACGGGGAACAGUUCAAGGUGUCCCCUGGCACGCUGGCUUUCUCCGUCACUCUCUUCACCAUUUUUGCUUUCAUCAAUGUCGGGGUGCUGCUGUAUCGGCGGAGGCCAGAAAUCGGAGGUGAGCUGGGUGGGCCCCGGACUGCCAAGCUCCUCACAUCCUGCCUCUUUGUGCUUCUGUGGCUCUUGUACAUUUUCUUCUCCUCCCUGGAGGCCUACUGCCACAUAAAAGGCUUCUAAAGGAACAGUCAGAUGUAGUACAUUUAUAUAUAUAUACAUAUAUAUACAUAAAAAAUUACGUACAACGAACAGAAGAAACUGACAUUCGUCAUGUCCACUUACCUGCUGAUGGAAUCCAGCUUCACGAGCAGACUCUGUACUAGGGCCCGAGUGAGAAGGCAUCACCUCCUGUUCCCAGGGGCAUCGUCACGUUGAACCAGGCGUGGAGGCAGGCCUAUCUUUGCAGCUCAGCCUCUGAGGGCUGUGUUCUCCCCGGGUUCAUAAAUCGUUAAGCCUUUGAUUUGUUUUCUGUUUGUUUAUGCUUGUUUUGGGGGUGGGGGUGGGGAGGUGGUUGAUGUUAGGCUUUUGUUUUUUGUUUUUGUUUUUGUUUGGGGGAGGAUCAGGGUUUUUGCUUCUCUCGUGGGAGGUGAUGACCAAUCUAAAUGCAAAUGGGUUUCGGGUAAAAAUGGAAAUCAUUAAGAUUACUCUCCCUUCCCCCAAACAUUUAAAAAAUUGUUUUGGAUUAAGAGAGGAAAUGGGCAUGGAAAAAGAAAGAAGCAUGUCUUCACCAUAUAACUAAAUUGCAUGCUCAUCUCUGGGAUGGGAGCAGAGGUGAAGCUGCCUCCAAGAAGAAACAUGGCAGCUGGAAUGGAGCCCAGAAGAGUCAUGGUCCUAGAUAGAGUCUGAUAGUGAAAGAUAGGAGGCCUGGCACUCCUGUUCACCAGGUACAGGAACAUCGCGCCUAGAUUCCCAGGAACAUGCAAACUCCUUUCUUAUCCCUUUAGCACUGGACUGUGAUUAGGAAGGCCCUUAUAUUCUGGUGUUCCAGCCCUGCUAACCCCCCAGGCCCCCCAUCCCAACCCUCCUGCCCCCCUCCCCUCAUACAAACAGGAAGAAUAACUCCAUUCCAAAAGCACAUCAUCCUUUUCCACUUGCGUCAGUGUGUGUCCCAGUCCCAUGUUGCUCUUGCCUGGGAUCGUCCGUCAGUUUUGUUUUCAAAAGCAUCCAUGGCCGGCACACGCCUGUUCCAGUCAUGACCGAACAUCUGCUCCUCCUUCAUGGGCCUGUUUGGGAAUGUUGUCGUGAUACCUGUUACACAGUGCAUGGAUGAAAAACCAAUACAACAAAACCAAGCAUAUCUGUACAUAGUAGAGUAUAGCACAUACCGUUCUCCCACUGGGCAACGUUGAUUGAUUGGUCAUUGAAGACAUAAGUGAGUUUUCUUUUCACCUGAGUUGUAACUUUUGUGUUGUUUUUGAGUUUGAUUAGGGACAAAAGGAGAAAAUGGCUUAUUCGUGGAUCUUCGUGUUCAUUUCUAAGAAGCAGUAACUGUUACAUGGGAAGUUAAAGCUAUUGAGAGGACAGUAGGCAAACUACAAAGUAUCUCCAUGGAAAAUUAGCCACUUGGUACACAUCAGAGCCUCAAAAACUCACCUGUUGGUUCAGGAAGGCCAAGGAGAAGGGCAUGUAGAGAAGGGGAUGCGUUAGAUGUGCCUGAGCUUUGAAAGCCUCCAUUCCCACAACACCCCUGCCCCCAAAGUAUUUAUUUCACAUCUGCUCUGUCUGGCACAGAUGGUAGAUAGUGCUGGUUUGUUCAUUUUAUUUUUGUACGUAAAAGGCAAUUUGGAGUCCUGUUUCUUUCACCGUCCAGACCCCUCUGAUUGUACCUGCAGUUCCUGAGGAGGAAAGAAGCCGUGGUGAGCAACAGGCCUUUAAAAGUGUAUCUCCUCUACUUAGGACUAAGGAGGAAGCAAUUAAAUGGGAUGAUUAGUGCCUCCCAGGAGCAUUGCCCUGGGAGAUUUUUAACCCUGGAAAAGGAAUGGCUCUUUCUGUUUCACAGUAUCAGAGAGUGUGGAUAAACCCAACAUUCCAAAGCCAUGAGUCCACGAAUGAGGUAUAAAUGGAAUGACUUAGGUCCCCUCUCAGACACUUCUCUAUCCAUAAAGAAUCCCAGGCCGGAGACACCCCUAAGCCCUCUGUAUUGAUUCAAAGAUACUUAACUCUCAACAAUUUUAAUUUGUAUUUUCUUCCACUUAAUAAUCACGCUCAUUCAUCAUUUAAUAAACAUUGGGUGACCGAAUGCAUAAUUAAAUGCUGGUUACCCACUCAAUAUGCCAGGUACUGUGCUCCCUCUUGGGGACUAAACCAUGGACAAGACAGCCCAGAUCCCUGCCCAGAGGGGGUUAACACAGCCACAUGGAAACAGUUUGAUCUUACGAGAAAAACACAAUUCUGAAACCCUCUUGUCUAAAUAUCUAAGAUUUUCUUUAACUGAGACAGUAUAAGGUAUAGGGUAUGAAAAGCAUUCUGUGUAUCCUUAGCCAAUCUUGCAGAUCUGCACAUCUUCCCAUUUUAAACCAAGUAAGGCAAUUGUGCUGGUGAUCCAGAUCACUGAGAAGGCCCAAUUAACCCCAAUUUUUAUCUUUCUUGGACAGCAGUACUUUUCUAUGCCCCCCACAGCUCUACAAUUUCUCCUGUCUCUUGGAGCCUCACCCCUACCUGUCAUGGCCCAACACACUGGUGGCCUAACUCCUUUGAGGGCAAACUCUAACCCUUUUUUUUUUUUUUUUUUGAAGAUUUAUUAAAUAGAAAGCUAGCCUAGGAGCACCAAGUAAAUUGUCAAGGGAUAUGAGUUGUUGAAACAUUAGAAAGACUUUGCCCUCCUUUCUAGCCAUAUUUGGAAUGUUAAUAAUCCCAUAGCAAAUUUUCACAAAGGACUUUAAGAAAUCCUUGCCGUUGGUCAACUUCAAAGCUUUUUGGUUUGUUUGCUUUUUAAAUUUUCAUGUUUUAGAGAAAAUAUGAUUCUGGUUGUUCAGGGUUGUAUUAGGAAUUAUAGUCGUGUAAAAUUAUUUUGUUUGAUUAUUUUGUGUGUAUUAUGCACAGCUUGGGGGGGAAGUGCACUAAUUGUGCUGUUCCUUAUAAAUGGUACACACUAUUGACACAGACAAAUAAAGUUUCUAAUUGUUUCUGAUUUAA